AUGCAGGACCCCGCGCGCGAAAUCACCGCCGUCGUCAAGGGCCUCAUCGAGGCGCCCUCGGCCGCCGAGCAGCGCAAGGUCAUGAGCUCCUACUUUGCCCCCGACGCCAGCUUUGAACACCCGCUCUGUGCCGUGCGCAGCGGCGCCAACUCGCGCGAUGGAGGCUUGCUGCCCAUCUACCAAUGGCUGCGCUGCAUGUUCACGCCCAAGAUCGACGUCAACUCCGUCGCCUUCGACCGGGAGAACAACAAGCUCUUCAUUGAUGCAGUGCAGACCCUGAUUCCCUCCAUCUCGGCACUCGCUAGCAUUCGCGCACCUCCUUGCCGUCUCAUCGUAGUGCUCUUCCUGCAACGUGGCGCUGACGGGAGAUUCUACAUCAAGCGGCAGGAGGACUACUAUGACCCUACGGUCAUGCCGGCAGCGCUCGUGCCUGGAGGCAGUGCCGUCGUCGGCAUCAUCAAGCUUGGCGCGGGCUUCAUGUGCUGGCUCCUAGCGGCGCUGGUGGGCCAUCUGCUUGGCUGGUGGAACCCGAAUCGCUCUCCGGUUCGCAAGUCGGUGCGCGCACGCGCUUGAUCGCCUUUAUUUCUUCCCUGCUCCGCUCCCCCCUUCGUUUCAGCGCUCUCUCGCCAUGCCUACCCGUCCGUGCCCAUUCCACUUGUUUCUCUCUGCUGCAGCAAAAACUUCCAAGAGGGGCUGUAACAAGGGGGAGCCUUCGCCUCGUUCUCGCUCUGCAACUCAGACUGCGGAACUGUGCGGGGGGGCAGCAAAAUCGAAUGCGAGCCCCGUUUUUCUCUCUCUGCACCUGCCAUCUGCCCUCGUCCGCAGAGUGAAGCGGCAUCGUCUCGCUGUGGGAGGAGAAGCCAGACCGAGUGGAGGAGGGGAAAGUAGAU